AUGGCAUACCGCUCGCUAUGGGCGCGCGCGCGAGGCAGCUUCCUCGGUGACACGACGAUUCGGUUGUUGGGUUUCGCAACCUGGGUACCCGUCGCGAUAACGUUCAACGACCAUGUUGCGAGCAUCACGCGCGUCAAAGGUGGCUCCAUGUACCCCUACUACAACGAGGACCGCGACAAGACUUUAUUAAACGACAUUGUGCUCACCUGGCAGUGGAACCCGAUGGAUGGGCUGCAAAAGGGCAUGAUCGUUACGUUUAGGAGCCCAUUUCAUCCGGAGACCGUUGCAAUCAAGCGAGUUAUUGCACUGGAGGGAGAAUAUGUCACGACGAGGGCGCCGUACCCGGAACGAAUAGUCAGGGUACCACAAGGGCACAUCUGGGUCGAGGGCGACGGACCGCCAGAUGAGACUUUGGACAGCAACACAUACGGGCCGAUAUCAAUGGCGCUGAUUACGGGGCAAUGUGUGUGGAACAUCUGGCCCUGGCGCAAGUUUGGACGCGUGAGGUGGGAAGAUCACAAGUUCAAGCCGAGAUACUGA